AUGGAUCUUUACACAGAUGACUACUGUCGUUCGAGACUGGCGCAUAUGGCCGAUGAGAUUGCGCGCAGCGCUGGAAAGGUGGAGGGACUCGCAGAUCGGCUCCGUACGGAGGUGCUUGGAGGUGAGGCGAAGUCCGUUCCUCCCUCUCUUCGUCCUGCGCUACGUCAACCUGCACUCAUGCCUGGCGAGCGACUCCCCUCACCGGAGUCGGUGGUAGUGUUUCGGGCGAGGCGCCUGGACAACCUCAAGAAGGUCAUGAAGAUGGAGACUGAGGUCAGACACGAACAACAAGCCGCAUGUGUACGCAUGGAGGACAACAGCAAAGCUCUCGGUAGCCGCAACAACGUGCACCAGCGGCUGUUCCGGGAAACUCAAGCACAUGCGUUUGGCAACAUCGCCAGCGCGGUGAGGGCCUUAAUACAACCUCUCGAGCAAGCUCUAUCAGAGAGCGCACAGGUUUCGAUCCGUGCGGGACACCUUGAGGAAGCACAGCGCAAUCAGGACCAGUUGGACACCUUAGUCCGAAUAGCCGAUGAUCUGGCGAAUGCCUACGGUUUAAUGUCCGUAUUCUCACAGCGCGGUCAUUAUGCUCCAGCUAAUGUCGAUGCGCUACCGAUCCGCGCCCUCCGGAGAAGACUCCGCGAAGAAGGUCUAUUUGGCCGAACAGGAAAGGCAAGAGCUAUAACCAAGCUGGGUCUCGGAUUUCGGGCACAUUACGAGACUCACAAUGACCUCGUCGCUGCUGCUGGACAGUGCUCCCUCGAUUGUGUGAAAUUCUCGGACGGCUAUCAGAUUCCCGGCGGGAACCGCAAGCUGGUUAUGAUCGAGAAGCGCAGUCGCAUCCCGGCAUUGCUGUACAGUAGCUUAAGAACAUCCAUCUGCUACGCCAGCAUUAGUAGCUUGGAGGGUGGCUAG